UCAUAAAUGACAGGCUAGCUGGAUAACAAAUCAUUGGACAUCAAAACACAAGCAUUGCUGUAUUGGAAUCGCUUAUACGGUUUGGUGAAGUGUAGUUCAAGAGAAAAAAACUGUCUGCUCAUUGCAAAAGUGCGUUUAGAAAUGGACAUUAAUGCUUUAGAUGCACAUAAUAAUAACUGUACGAUGUGGAUUGUAUUACUCGGAUCUUUGUGUGCAACACGUGAAAGUAACAUCAAAAUAUCCACGUUAAGGUUAUUAUUUUCAUGGGCCGUCCUUCUGCCAGGCGCAUUGGGGUUCGAAGCAUUCCAGGCCCGUAUCCCCAAUGGUGACCGGAUACCCCACCAUUGCGGCCAUUUGCGGAUGUGGGCGGGGCUUGGUCACGUGAAUCCAAGCGGUGGAGGAGAACUAAAUCAUUUUGGGAAAGAUUUCAAAAAAGCAAACUUUACAUGGACCCGUCAGCUAUGCCAAAUGGACUCGGAUGGUGACGGAUUGGCAAAUGGCGCGGAGGUGGGUGACCCCGAUUGCGUCUGGUCGGCCGGACAGGUCAAUCCAGUCAAGUCAAAUCCCUCCCACCCAGGAAUAUGUGAACCGAUUGAGUCCAGUCAUUGUCAACAUUUGAACAAACAUUUUACGCAGGAUGUCCUGAGCUGUCAGAAACGCAAGGACUGCCAGGCGAUGAAAGAAAAAGAUAUCGCAAAACAAGAAAUACGCAUGCCGGGAGUUAGUCUCCCAGCCCAGGAGACUACGUACUUGUGCAUGCUGGUUGAACUUCCGGUCAACGGUACCUUCCACGUUGUGGCCUCUGCGCCCAUCCUUGACUCGGCCCUUGUCCAUCACAUGAUCCUGUGGGGUUGUUACUAUCCAGUUGACGAAAACGUAACAGAGAAGAUAGGGGAGCCGUACGCCUGUGGAAUGACCCCAUGUUCACAUUGCCAGCAGCCGCUUGUUACGUGGACCUAUGGACUCGAGACGGACUGCCAUGCACAAGAUGCCGGUCUAAGGAUUGGACAAUAUGGUGCUGUACUUGCGGCAUUGCAGGUCCAUUAUCAUAACCCUAAUUUGCUGUCGGGCAAGACAGAUACUUCGGGCAUUACCAUUUAUUACACUCCACAUCUCCGUCAGUUUGACGCAUCCACGUUCAUGGUCGGUCAGCAAUACCUCCACAUACCGCCCCGCAGCAAGAACGUCCGGUACAACCACACGUGUCCCGGGAUGUGCACCGCCGAGAUGUUCAAGCAGCCCGUGUACAUAACUAGGGCGGCAAAUCAUAUGCACUACUUGGGAGUUGCCCAAACGAUAACAGUCAUUCGAAACGGCCGAAAAGUAUUCGACCUCACCAAAGAUGACAAAUUUGACUAUGACAGGCCUGUGUUUUACCACUUUGACCCUCCGAUCAAGGUGAUGCCGGGUGACGAAAUCGUCACUGAAUGCGUUUACAACUCUCAACGUAACACCAGUACGUAUUUCGGGGCCGGAACUUACGACGAAAUGUGCUACGGUUUCUUGACGUACUACCCACGUCAGGACUUCGAACCAACGCUUUGUGUGGCGUGGAAAAGCGUCCAGAGAUGCAUCAGAAAGUUGGAGGCGUUCAACGGCAUGUACGGUGAGUGCAACUGGAAGCAGUUUGUUAAACAUUUGCCGCAAAAUGUUUCUAAGGUACUUGCUUAUGACACGUGCGGCCAAUUCCAGCAAGAAGGGGUAUGUAGUUGGAAGUGUAGUUUAAUGUCACGUGACUUACUCUCUCAUGUUUGCCUUCAAGGGGAUAUGGGAGAGUUAUUGAUUGAUUUUGCAAAAAUGACUCCUUAUGUGAAAGUGCUUACAACGUGUGCCAAACAUAAUGCUAGAAAUUCCUCAUCAUUCAUUGUAUGUACCGGUUUACAUUUAUGGCUGACGCUAUGUAUAUAUGUGAUGCAUUUGUCGGUUUUCUUUUAGGUACAUGAUUUCAAAUAUCUUUGUGCAUUCAUCUUUUCCAAUGUACAAGAAAUGUGGUGUGUGUGUGUGUGAUGUGUGUGUUUUCAUUUUUAGAUUAACAUGUUAAACAUUUCAACAAUACAUGUUAAGGAUGUUUUGUUAUUGAUACAAUAAUGCAAUUGUGUAUUUUAUAUAAACACACCUAUACCUUUGUAUUUAAUAUUCAUUUCUUCAAUGAAGAAUUUGUGCCAUGCGUAGCUAUUCAUCGUGUAUGUUCAUGCGUGCAUAGACUUUUUCAUUUCACGUUUUUCACAUUGUUAUGAAGUAUUUGCAAGUGGUAUAUGAUACGUGAUUUUCUUCAAUUAUUUAGGUUGUUUGGUAAGCAUGUCGUUUGUACCGUAUAAACAUUUGUAAAACUACGUCUUGGUAUAAAUUUGAAUGCGUUAAAAUGAAAGUCUCGCGGUUGCAGUUGUAGGCACAUAUAACUGGACACUCCAUAUACAGACAUACAUGUCGUUCGGACGUUAUUGAAUGUGUCUGUGGUGACUCAAUCGCGUGAAGGGAAUGGAAGGAGUGGGGGUAAAGCUUUAUAUGGUUUAUUUUGGCAAUUUUGGGUUUUCUUAUGCUUGUGUGAUUGUAUAUUAUUCUGUAUAAUAUAAGCUGUCAAACAGUAAUUGUACACUGAGGCAUCUGUGUAAAUAUGUAUAUCCGAUGCCAGAUAUAUGAUGCUGAAUCAUUUUAAUAUCACAAACGUUUUGACGGGAAGUUCAUCAUAUGCGAUCAAUACCUAAAGCGAAUGUAAUCUAGAGAACUCACAUACAAGGAUUCAUGUAUGCGAGUCUUAUAAGACUGUACAGAGACAAUCAUUAUACAAAACGGCCAGUAAACGUUGUAUUUCAAACGGUAUUAUGUGUUUAUUUUUUCUCUUUACCAAAAUUAGACCAGCAACUAGUACUGUUAUUUACGAAUAUUUCGUAUGUAAGACAUGAUGAUGAUGAUGAUGAUGAUGAUGAUGAUCACAUAAUAAUAUUGAUUCAUUUAUGCGAGAAUUAUAAGAUUGUGAAUAGACAAUCAGUAUACCAAACGGCGA